CGGGCGGCUCCGUGCGCUCGCAGGGCAGCGGGAAGGCGAGCGGCCGCCCGGCGGGGAGCGCGCUGCCGCCGGGCCCCGGGCGAGGCGACGCAGCGCGCCGGCGGCCGCAGCGCGAGAGGCACGCGGGGGCAUUGCCAGCAUGGGGCACCGCGGGGAGCGGGCGUCCUGCCUCCUCUUCCUCCUGCUACUGCUCGCUUUCUGCAGAGGACGUGUUGUGAGAGUGCCCAAAGGUCCUCUUAUUCGAGUCGUGGGCACAGAAGUGGUGAUCCUUUGCAGUGUUAGUGAUUAUGAUGGACCCAGUGAACAGAACUUUGACUGGGAAUUCUCCCGGGAGACUGACUUCAUGCGGAUAGUGAGUACCUGGGAUUCUACGUUCACCUCCGAGGAGUACCAAAAACGUGUGGGCCGAGGGGAUAUCAAACUGAGACGGAGCAGCAAUGAUGCUGUGGAACUUGUGAUUAGAGACAUCCAGCCAACUGAUCAAGGGAAAUACAAAUGCUCCACACCCAGCACUGAUGCCACCGUUCAGGGAAAUUAUGAUGCUGAGGUCCAAGUGAAAGUGAUUUCUGAUGGCUUAGUGGUGAGUGGUACAAAAGCCCAUUCCUCAACGUCUCUCAAGCUAUCUGAGGGUGAUUCCUUCAACUUGCACUGCUCAGCCAUCACCACCUCCCCAGAGCAUACUCACCUGCAUGUGACUUGGCAAAUCAAAAGUGGAGCAACUUGGCGGGACAUCCUAUCUUUGACUCAUGAGGGCAAGUUCCAGCCUGGUUCUGGCUAUGAAGAACGCUACCGCAAUGGAGAUAUCCGUUUGGACACAGGAGCAAAUGACACGUAUCAAUUAUCUGUGUCCCAGGCCUUGCCGAUGGAUGGGGGUGUCUACAGGUGUCUUGUGAGCGAGUGGGUGAGAGGGGCAGAUAGCUCAUGGCAGAAGAUUCAGGAGAAGAGUGUGGAGAUAGCAAGUGUGGCAAUCCAACAGACUGCCCUAGAUGUGUUGAUCUCAACAAGAAAUGUGUCUGUGACUGAAAGAGACUCCCUGGAUUUUACCUGUAACAUCACAACAGACAGGAGUGGUAUUUUCCAAGCUGAGGUGAUGUGGUAUUUCACUGCAUCUCCUGAUGGGACCCUCUCAGAUGCUCAGGUUUUGCUGAGCAUGGACCAUGAUUCUGUUGUCAGUGACUCGACCCUCAUCAGCCUGAGCCGUGUAGAUAGGAACUCCUAUCGCCUGCUGGUGCGUGAUGUGGAUGUGGAGGACUCUGGCUACUACUUCUGCCAAGCAGCUGUUUGGGUACCACUGCACAAUGGGAGCUGGCAUAGGGUGGUGGAGAGAAUGUCUGCGCCAGUCAAUGUGGUGGUGACAGCAUUAGAUCUGGAUUAUGAUGUAUUUCUGAAUGCUUCUAAAACACCCAAGUUCUCAGAUGACCCCACUGAGCUUGAAUGCAGGAUCACAAAUGCACAGGACUCGGAAGCAAACAUCCGCUUCACAGUUUCCUGGUACUACAGGCCGCGCUUACGCAGUGACGAUGUGGUGACAGAGGAACUCCUGGCCAUGAUGGAUGCAGACUGGACUCUGCUGCUUGGGGACGGGAGCAGAAAGCGGACUCUGAAUGGGGAAAUAAUCUUCUCUAAAAAAGCUGUUGACACCUUCAGUUUACGAAUCCAGUGGACUUCAGAAAGUGACAGAGGGGACUAUUUCUGUGUCAUUUCUGCAUGGAGUAGGCACCGCAACAACAGCUGGGUAAAGAGCAAAGAUGUGACUUCUGCACCUGUCAGCAUUUUCUGGGCUACACAAGAUUACAUGCUGACAGUGGAGGCAGUGAGACUGAAACCAUUCUUUGUGGCAGGCCACACCUUUGAGAUGACGUGCAAAGUGUCUUCGAAGAACAUCAAGACGCCACGCUAUUCUGUCCUCAUUACAGCAGAGAAGCCACUGACGGAUCAGUCCAACCCCAAUGGGACCACUCGCAUAAUCUCCUUGAACCAGGAUUCAGUAGUGCGGCUGGAAGACUGGACGGAUCAGACUCGUGUGGACGGCGUGGUUCUGGAGAAGGUCCAGGAGAAUGAGUUCCGCUAUAGGAUGUAUCAGACCCAGAUUUCUGAUGCUGGGCUGUAUCGCUGUGUGGUGACUGCCUGGUCCCCAGGUGGUGGUGGCAUGUGGCGUGAAGCAGUGAACGGCUUAUCUAAUCCUAUCCAGAUAGACUUCCAAACCUCAGGUCCUGUGUUUAAUGUCUCAGUGCAUUCUGACAACCAGAUGAUUUACCAGGGUGAGCUGGCAGAUUUGCUCUGUAUCGUCACAACGGAAGGAAUAGCACUCGAGCCAGAUGAUAUGUCCUUUGAUGUCUUCUGGUUUGCGGUGCGUUCCUUCGCAUUGGAUAGAGCGCCUGUCUUGCUAGCCUCACUGGACCGGAGAGGGAUUGUGACACAAAGCAGGAGAAACGGGAGCAGCGAUCUCAGCCUGGAGAGAAUCAGCCCGCUAGAAUUUCGACUCCGUGUGUAUGGCUGCGAGGACCACGACUUUGGGAACCACUAUUGCGUAGUGACCCCAUGGGUGCGGUCUGCCACUGGGGUAUGGCAGCGGGAGCCUGACAUCAAAGCCAAGCCCAUCUUCUUAUCUGUGAAAAUGGAUGUUCUGAAUGCUUUCAAAUACCCCCUGUUGAUUGGCAUUGGUCUGGCCACUGUCAUUGGACUUUUAUCCUGCCUCAUCGGCUACUGCACCUCCCGUUGGUGCUGCAAGAAGGAAGUGCAGGAAACAAGACGAGAACGUCGCCGGCUAAUGUCGAUGGAGAUGGACUGAGCGUGGGAACCAAAAGCACUUGCGUUUCGUGAGAGACUCGCAGGGCUCUUGGACUGUGCUGAGACACUCACUUGCAGGCCCAGACAAGACAGUGCGUUUCCUCUCAGAUUUCAGCCUGAACCUCAAGCUUCUCCUUGUUACACAUCAUGUCCUGAGAGUGCUCAGGCCAUAUUUAGCAACUCAGAGUUCUCCUUUUCCAGCAGCACUUUCUGCGCAGGGAAAAGUCCUUCUCAUGUACAAACUGUCAAGCCUUUUUUCAGCAGGGCCCUGUGACAAAAUUCACUGAGUUUUUUGUUUGUUUGUUUUUCACUCCCCUCAUGGUUUUGAAAAGAUCUGGUAUGAAAAGAUGGUGGGGAAGGGGAUGGGUAUGAAGGAGCUGGUAGGAGUGUUAGACUUGCAUCAUGUUAACCAGUCUGCUCUUCCUGCCUCCCCCAUCACACCAUCCUGUCCCCUUUCUCUGUCUGCCCUGGUGUCUGACUUAACUCUGUGUUAGGACAAAGACUGAAGAAGAGUGCUUGCUGGUGCCUCCUGAGGCUGUUGUGGUGAAAAAUUGGUUUAUAGUUGUGACAUGCCUUCUCUUCUCUGGCUUUCAAAGAGUUUAUGGUUAAGCCCAAAACAGAAUUUGCCUGCCUGCAGGUUUGAGAUUUUUUUCUUAAGGAUUUUUCUAUUUUCAGUGCUCAAAAUUCUUAGCUGUGGUGAAUAGGGGCUGGCUUAGCAACCCUGAAGAGUCAAUCCUCAGACAAGAGUUUUCUGGAUCUCUGCCUAUGGCCACCUUCUCCUUCUACCUCUCCACCUUCUUUUCUCUCCACUACAGCUGCUCCUGUUGUGCCUCAGACACUGUUCUGCUUGUUGUGGUGGGGCAACGUGGUGUCUAGGAAUGUGGCCCAGCUUUCUGCCGGUCUCAGCAGAGAGGUAGGAAAGCUUGACUCAGCGGUGAUGGUAUGAUUCAUGGAAAAAAAUGGCAAUGGGUCCUUGUGUGUAGUUGGCCAACCGAUGAUCACAUUUAGGGGAGAUUUGGAAGCUAGGUAUUAUGAAUGCACGGACCAGACUCUAAUACUGCUGCUGCCAGUCACUUGGUAACCCUUGAGCCUGUGAGCAGAGUCUGAGAUCUGCGGUAGCUAAAGUGCAGCUCAGGUUUCAUUCAGAGUAGGAAUAAGAAUUGGCCUAAGACAAGCAAGAAUCCUUCAGGUUCCAGUGAUCUUGGCCUUGUGCAAAAGGCCCUUUGUCCAUGGGCCUGCAGCAGGGCUUCCCAUGGGUUUGAGGCAUAUUUCUAGGUGCUAUAAUAUAAGAAGUUGUGCUUUGGUCUUCCAUGUACUCUGACCUGGCUCCUAAGUGGGAGCAGCUCCUUUUCUUGGCAGCUCUCUUUCCAGCACAGCUGGUGUUUUAAGCAAUAAAAGUCAGAAUUAAGUUACUGUGUAUAAACAAACAAGGAAGUAGGACUGUACCCUGUCCUGAUGUUACAGCCAGGGUUUGGCUCAUGUCAAGAAGGGUGGGGAGUCUAGAGCUGAGGCCAGGGCUCCAUCCUUCUUAGAUUUUUUUUUUUUUUUUGAGGUUGAAAGAAAAGAUGUUAGAUGAGGAAAUCCACAGAAGGUAGUGGUUUGGUGUACUGUUGCCAGUCUAAACAUUAAUUUUGUCCUUGAUUGUCUCUUCCACUAGCAGCUCAUCCCAGUGCACAUUCCAAAGGAGCUGCAGAUCUAAUGCCCUUGUUAUUAUGAUGGCUUCAUUUCAUAUUAGUACUUGUGGAAUCUUUCACUCAGCGUUGUAGCUAUUCCAGAUUGGUUUUUGAGUGGUGUGUUCUUUUGUUUUUUCCCUGUCCUGCAUUAUGACCUUUGUUCUGAGGUUGUUGUGAGUUUUUUUCUAGAAAGCUGUGUUCUGUGCUCAACACAAACACCCCCAUGCGCGUGCACGUGUAUGCACACAUGCAGCCAUAUGGCUAAUGAUUUUUGGAAGCUGAAUGUGAGACAUCUUCAAAAUGGGCUUGACUUUCAGAGUGGGGGCUUGCAGCUCUAAAAUUUGACUCUUAGACACUUCAUGCAGUGAUCUGAAACUGACAUACCCCAAACCUAUAAAUCUCUGGGAAACCCUGGCCUGAACAUCCACAGAAGCUUUUUUUCUAGUCUGUUGUUUUUCUUUGUGGGAGAGCUUUAAAAAGGCCUAUGUUGCCAGCAGUUGUAGCUGCUCCUGCUGAGGAGUAGGUCUGAAACAGUCUCUGGCUUCCGCUGUGGAAGCCCAGAAAUCUGUAGUGGUGCUUUCCAAAGGAGAAGAAUUGAGGAGAGGAUUCACUCAGAUACCACUUUGACAGCAAGUUUUUCUUCCUCUCCUGUUCUGCUUGCUGUAGUGAAAUCUUGCUUUUCCCUAGAUAUUCUGGGACACUAGUCUGAUGUUUUGAAUUCUGGCUGUCCUUCCCACACUGAUCUUAAGCAGCUUCUUUCCUGUUUUAACGUCUGCUUUCUUCACCAAAAGCUUGUGGCAUUGGGGGAUUUUAGGAGGGGUUGUACUGGUUAAGUUUCAAGCACAGCAUCAGUCACUUGUUCUCCUUGAAGACUGAAUUCUUGUUUAUGUAUUCUUGGUUAAGUUUUGGGGGAAAGAGGAUUGUGACUGUAAUGCAAUAAUUAGGGAACAAAUGAGCAGGGAACUGCCAGCUCUUCCCAAGCACACGACACAGCACACUUUCUCCCUGCUGGAAGAAACUCAGGGUUAUUUUGGUCAGGGCUCCCUGCCCCUUUAGUGAAAGGUCCCCAUGCCCUUAGUUAAUUUUGACCAUCCUUCGUGGCCUGUAAUAAACCAUCUUUGUCAUUCCAACUGAAGCAAGUUCACCACUAGCUCGUACUGCUGCCAGUCCCUUGGAAGGCAAUGCUGCAUCUAUCCCUUUACAUCUUAUUUUUGCUGUAGUUGAAAGGCUAGAAGCUGAGGGGCUAGACUUAUCCCACAGGUUUCCUUCUAAUUGUGCCAAUUUUGUAUUAUUCCCCUUUUUAAAAAUAUUCUGGUAAUCUUGUCUUUAAUGAGAAAAUGUCUUGGUCACUUUCCGUGGUUUUUAUUAUUAUUAUUUCCUGUGUGAUUGGAGUGUGUGUAUAUGUGAGUGGAGAUGUGUGCAUGUGGUUGUGUAUUAAGCCUGGAGAGCGUCAGGAGAGUAAGCUGCCUGAGAUGCAGUACAAGUAUCCAUAUCCUCCCAGCUGCAACCUGUGGUAUUGUCUAAGUAUCCUAAGGGCUCACAUUGAUCUUCCUCUGUUUGCUUUGCCACAUCUCUUGGUUAAGCUGGUAAAUUCCUCCAAGCACUUGGAGUUUGACCCAGGACAAGCUUGAACAUAGUAUAACAGAAGGGCAAGAUAUUUUCUUUCAUUUGUUUUAAUUUCAAAGUUAUAAAAUAAAAUGUUCGGCACAAUUCCUGAAUGCAGGUACUGAGUAAUUCUAACAAUGCUGUGUAAAAUGUUUCUUUUUAUGUUUAAAAUAAAGAGCGAACCUUUUUUGAUUAA